CUCUCGGUACAACACAAACUCCUUAUCCUCCUCACCCUCAUUUUCUAUUUCUCUCUCCCUUUUCUCUCUCUGUCUCUGCCAACUACAAACAACUACACAGCACAACCUCGCUAUUCCAAUGGGGUCUCAGAUCUAGACGCCGCUCUGUUUCUGGUAUUCCUGUUCGUAUUGUUGCUAUUGUUGUUCGUCUCGCUUCCAGAACCACAGCGUUUUGGGUCAUAUUCCAUUCGACAUGCGGCCCAAACUAGCCUACUCCUUCCCUGAGGAGGUGCUGGAGCACGUGUUCUCCUUUAUCGAGUGCGAUAAAGACCGUGGCUCGAUCUCCCUCGUCUGCAAGUCCUGGUAUGAGAUCGAGCGUUGGUGCCGCCGGAGAGUCUUCGUCGGAAACUGCUACGCUGUCUCUCCGGCCACCGUUGUCAACCGCUUCCCCAAAGUGAGAUCCAUCACCAUCAAGGGCAAGCCGCACUUCGCGGACUUCAAUUUGGUCCCCGAGGGUUGGGGCGCUUACGUCGGCCCUUGGAUCAAGGCCAUGGCGGCUGCCUACCCCUGGCUCCAGGAGAUCAGGCUUAAGAGGAUGGUCGUCACCGACGAAUGCUUGGAACUUAUCGCCAAAUCGUUCAAGAACUUCGGAGUGCUGGUGCUCACUUCUUGCGAGGGUUUCACCACUGAUGGGCUUGCUGCCAUUGCCGCCCAUUGCAGGAAUUUGAGGGAGUUGGAGUUGCGGGAGAGUGAAGUGGAAGACAUUUGUGGACACUGGCUUAGCCAUUUUCCCGAUUCGUACACAUCCUUGGUUUCCCUUAAUAUUUCUUGCUUAGGCAAUGAGGUGAAUUUGUCUGCCCUAGAGCGUCUGGUUAGUAGGUGUCCCAAUCUGCAGACUCUCCGCCUCAACCGUGCUGUGCCCCUAGAUAAGCUGGCCAACCUUCUUCGCGGAGCUCCUCAGUUAGUUGAGUUAGGCACAGGAGCCUACACGAGUGAGAUGCGGCCGGAGGUCUUUUCAAACCUGGCUGAAGCAUUUGCUGGGUGCAGGCAAUUGAAAAGCUUGUCAGGAUUUUGGGACGUGCUACCCUCCUACCUUCCAGCUGUUUAUCCUAUCUGCUCCAACCUGACAUCACUAAACAUGAGUUAUGCAACUAUUCAAAGCCCUGAUCUUAUCAAGCUUGUUAGUCAGUGUGAAAAUUUACAACGGUUAUGGGUGCUGGAUUACAUUGAAGAUGCUGGCCUUGAAGUGAUUGCUGCAUCGUGUAAGGAUCUGAGGGAGUUGAGGGUGUUUCCGUCUGAUCCAUUUGGGUUAGAACCAAAUGUGGCAUUGACUGAGCAGGGCCUUGUUUCUGUGUCUGAAGGCUGCUCCAAGCUCCAGUCCGUUCUAUAUUUUUGUCGUCAAAUGUCUAAUGUGGCCUUGUUUACAAUUGCCAGGAACAGGCCUAAUAUGACUCGUUUUAGACUGUGUAUUAUUGAGCCGCAAGUUCCAGACUAUCUUACCCAAGAUCCUCUGGAUGCUGGUUUUGGAGCUAUUGUAGAGCAUUGCAAGGAUCUUCGUCGCCUUUCCCUUUCCGGGCUUCUCACUGACCGCGUUUUUGAGUAUAUUGGGACUUACGGUAAGAAGCUUGAGAUGCUUUCUGUGGCUUUUGCCGGAGAUAGCGAUUUGGGACUCCAUCAUGUGCUGUCUGGGUGUGACAACCUUAGGAAGCUGGAGAUCAGGGACUGCCCCUUUGGUGACAAAGCCCUUUUAGCCAAUGCUGCAAAGCUGGAGACAAUGCGAUCCCUUUGGAUGUCCUCUUGCUUGGUGAGUUAUGGAGCAUGUAAACUUCUGGGUCAGAAAAUGCCGAUGCUUAAUGUUGAAGUGAUUGAUGAAAGAGGACCUCCAGAUUCAAGGCCGGAUAGUAGUCCUGUUGAGAAGCUAUACAUAUACAGGACUGUUUCUGGGCCAAGAUUGGACAUGCCAGGCUAUGUAUGGAGAAUGGAAGGCGAUUCUGCAUUAAGAAUUUCUUGAGUGAUUUUGCUGUGGAACGAGCAUGGAAUUUAUUAUGACAGUUUGAUGUGAGGGUUGUUGAUGCAGGUACAUGCCUAGAACUGUUGCUGUUAUGGUUGGUGUUUGAGCUAGGUACAGGAGGAGGUAUAUAAUAUGAAAAGGCUGGAGCUCGAUAGCCAUUCGUUUUACUCUUUGGCUGAGCAACGAGACACCAAUGCUGAUAAAGAGAUCGGAACCUUGUUGUUAGAUGUGGCAUAGGAUAGUUUUUAUUAUUUAUGGACCUGUGCAUACUUUUAUAUGCAUGUUACCCCGCUAUUCUAAAAUAUCGGUGGACUUUGUUAUUAUCAUUAAAAAUUAUGCGGUGGGAAGGAAUAAAAAAACUUGGGAACUAUAUUCUAAUGCAAACCUUAUUUGUUGUUUGCAACAA